AUGGCUCAUGACUCAGUAAUUCUGGGCCCCACCAUUUGCCUUCUGCACCUGUUGCUAUUGGCUCAGCUGUUUGUCUGCUCUGUAUGUCGCCCCACCUACAACUCCUCCCUCUGCCCAACGUUUGGAUCAUUGAAGCAUCAGGUGGCCAUGAUCAAAAGAGAUUGCAAAGGACUUCACGGUUUGAACAAGGACCUGUCAGCCUUUGAGGGUAUGGAACACAGACUGCACGGUCUUCCCAGCAUAGAAUACACUGCCAGCCACAUCGGCUCACUGACGAUCAACAGGUCUUUAUCCGAGAUGUAUGUUGGCUAUCAAGCCUUCGAAGUACACGUGGACUGGCUGUCAACAGUCAGACACAACGCUAGUCUGAGCAUCCAGUCAGCACAGAUGAUCAAAGGUCACCUCCUGAAGCUGGUCCCACUCCUCAAUGCGUCUCUUCAUCAGGUCAGUGAGCAGGUCACGCCGACGAUGACGUCGCCCUCCUUCCCUGCCAUCUCCACACCUUUUGAUGCACUCCAGUUUUCAGUUGAGCUCUCAGAAGAGUUAAAAAUGUUUUGCCUUUGGUCAGAAAGAGUUUUACACCAACUCCAGAGUCGAUCGCGCUGUCCCAAAUAA